CGCCGCGACCCGCUGCGCCACUGUGCACGUCCCUUGCUUGCGACAUGAAAGUCUUUUCGUUGCCUGCUUUUGCACAGGGCAGAAUGUUCGUCCCCGUGACAACUCGAAUCUAUUUGUCCUCGAUUUAAUGGGUAACUUCUGAAAUCCGGAGAAUUCGCGACCUUCGUGGCACGUCAGGUGGAGCCGUGCUGUCGCGCACAUCUGCUGCGACCAAGUUUUCGAGUGACACUAGCAGAAUAUCCUCUCUUCUUAUUUACAAACACUUUUUUGUGUUACCGAACUAUGGGGUUUUCGUCCUCAAACUGGUCCUGGGCUGGGCUCGGCUGCGGACUUCUUGCGCUUGCCAUUCUCCUGCCACCCGACCCUGGACUUCGCUUCAAGCUGCCCCCCGUCCAACCUUCGUCAGAGCCAGAGGGAUACACAGUGUGGCGCAGAGGUUCGGACGGGACCGCCUACGGUCGGCGGACGGUGUACGUGGAGAGUGGAGGCGAAAAGCUUCACGGGUGGCUGUAUCUCCCGCCUAAACCCCGUCAAAAUGUCCCGAUCUACGUCGUCUGCCACGGCUUUGGAGCGGUUAUGCCUGUUGCGGAUGUCGCCUUCGCGGAGAAACUUCAAGAAUACGGGAUGGCCGCCAUCGCCUUCGACUAUAGGACUUGGGGAUUUUCGGGAGGGGCACCGCGCCAGGUCGUCGACCCCCACAUGCAGCUGCAAGACAUCCGCGCCGUCUUGCAGCACAUUGUUGAUACAGGCGGAUUUCAAGGCACCGUUGACGCCGCCAACAUUCACUUGUUCGGCACUUCGUAUGCUGGCGGCCACGUUCUAGUCACGGCGUCUCAGCUCGCCAGCGAGAAGUCCCCUUUUCUCCGCAGAGUGCGCAGCGUCACCUCCGUGGUGCCUCUCAUCGACGGGCAGGCACAAACGAAGAAGGCGCUCCAGCAAAGAUCAUUUUUCCGGACGCUUCGAUAUGCGGCAGCAAUUCUCGCGGACUUGCUCCGACAUGCAGUAGGAAGCCGCCUACAGCCUGUGUAUCUCCAUGUUGCGGGACCUCGCGGAGCGUCAACCCUGUCGGCUUUGGAACUUCAAGGUGGCGAGUUGGAGAUCUGGUCUAACCGAGUUUUGGACGGCAGUCGCACCGUAGCAUGGACAAAUGCGUUGGCGGCGAGGUCCAUCUUCAUGACAUCUCAGUAUCGACCGAUCAGUUACCUCGAGAACAUUCAGACCCCAACCCUCCUUGUUGAAGCCCAACACGACGACACUUGCAUUCCUGAGCUCACAGAGGAAGCGCUCAAGAUCAUCAACUCUCGGGGUGCGAAUGUCCGGGAACACCGUGGUAGCAAGAGCACUGAGAAAGGUCGACUCGCUGAGCUGUACCGAAUGCCUGUCAAUCACUUUGAAAUAUAUUUAUCGCCACACUUACAGGACCUCAUCAAUACCACGGUAGCGUUCGCGAAAAGACACGGUGCCAGUGACGAAGCAUCAGUUGACAAGUUCGCUGGAGGUGACUCUCCAAAGAAGUCGUAAAUCUCAUGUCACCCCCUGCAUCAAAUGUUCUGCUGGUGUUGUCAUUCAUCCGCAGCAGACACACUUGUUCGUGACCACGACUUUCUACUGCCUGCGAGCUGCGAACAGACCGGGAAUCAUGUUUAGUUAGUCUCAUGCUGAAACGCCACAGGGAAGCUCCAUCUCACUGGUCGUGCCACGCUUCGCUGACUACCAAGAUAUCUGCAUCUUAGUGAGUGCCACAUGCGUUGAGAGGAAAAUCGCCAUUGAGAGGAGAGACAUCCAGCGCAUGCUGCAGCGAUAGCUGGCCGAUCAAAGAACCGGCCGCUAACUUGCAUCGUAUGCAGGACGCCCCCAGUAAGGCGUACGCAUGCGGACAUUCGUGGUGAACGGUGUAGCCUUUUAGGCGGACAUGUCCCCUAAAAACACCUUGCAUAGGAUGUGUCGUACUCGAGUUGGUCUGGUGCGGAAUGCCGGCUUUCUGGCAUGUGAUGCGUCGUGACAGACCUAUGCAAAUCUAGUUUGUGUAACUGUCUAGUCA